AUGGACGACUUUAACAGUGAGACGGAUAGUGACUACACAAGCUACUGGCGAGACUGGUUUAUAUCAUCGCGCGGAAACGAAUACUUCUGCGAGAUUGACGAAGAAUACCUCACCGACCGGUUCAACUUGACGGGCCUCAACACGGAAGUCCAGUACUACCAAUAUGCACUCGACCUUGUAACGGAUGUCUUCGACUUUGACUGCGACGAUGAUAUGCGCGAGCAGAUUGAAAAGUCGGCACGGCACCUAUAUGGUUUGGUACACGCUCGAUACAUUGUCACAACUAGGGGUCUAGCAAAGAUGCUCGAGAAGUUCAAGAAGUCUGAUUUCGGAAAAUGCCCCCGCGUCAUGUGUGAAUCCCAACCGUUGCUGCCCAUGGGCCAAUCCGACGUGCCCAACGCCUCGCCCGUAAAACUCUACUGCGCCCGCUGCGAAGACCUCUACAACCCUAAAUCCUCGCGCCAUGCCGUAAUAGACGGAGCGUACUUUGGCACCUCGUUCCAUAAUAUCCUCUUCCAAGUCUACCCCGCGGUACUCCCGCCAAAGUCCCAACGACGAUACGAGCCUCGCGUCUUCGGCUUCAAGGUACACUCUGCGGCGGCGCUGGCUCGUUGGCAGGCGGACAAGAAGGACGAGAUGAAGGACAGGCUGAAGAAGUUGAACAUGGAGACGGGGUUUGAGGAAGAGGAUGAAGAGCUGGAGGAUGACGAUGAAGACGAUAUGGAACUCCAGGAAGGAGUCGAGGGAGCGGCUGCACAGCUGUGA